UUUGUUUAAAGCUUCUCCUCCUCCACAAAACACGUCCGAGCUGGCUCGGCUGCGGCGAUAAAAGCGCCCCUAUCGUCCAACCCGGCAAGUACCACCCUCCGGAAAUACACAUAAGUGGGAAGUGCCCUAUCGACGUCGACUUUCCUGGUAGGUUGUUUCUCUACGAAAUAAGCGAUGACGUCAGGCUCCGCCAAUAACUGUCGACUGGCGUGACGUCAGCGCCUUCCUUCCCCCAGGGAGGUGAGUCAACCUUAUAAAAGCGAUAGGCAACGUAGUCUGACUCACAGCAGCGUGGAGUUUAUUUAGUUUACCGGCUUGUUUUGUUUCGUUUCUCUCGAUUCUUUAUAACGUGUGUCCCGGACGAUUCUGUGUUUCUGUUUUGGAUUUUUUAAGCAACGGCCCGUCACGGUGGAGUCUUUAAGUGUCAACCGCAGUCACCAGAACAGGAAAAUGGAGCCCACUUUUUACGAGGAUCAGCUGAGGUCGAUCGAGGACAUGAGGAUGAUGAAGAGGACUCUCAACCUGGAUUUCGACAACAAAUCCAACAAGAAACAGCGUUACAACACCAUGCUGACCUCGCCGGACAUGCACAUGCUGAAGCUGGAAUCGCCGGAGCUGGAGAAGUUGAUCAUAGCCCAAAACGGACACGUCACGACCACACCGACACCCAACCAGUACAAUAACUUGUUCGUCAAGAGUGUGACGGAGGAGGAGGAACAAUACGCCAAGGGUUUCGUCGAUGCCCUGGCCCACCUACACCAGACGACGGGCCCCAGCGCGGGAAGCACCGUCAUCCAGCCCGUCCACGAGGGCCUGUGCGACAUGAACACGGCCGUCACCAGCUCCGGAUGCACGAUACUACCCACGUGCCCCGAAGUGCCCAUGUCUCAGUCGUGCCCCGUCAGCCAGGAUUGCGGGGUCAUGUACACAGGUAUGCCACAGGUGAGUGUCGGAUGUUACUCGCAGCCCAACGAAUACAUACCGUCCCUGACGUCCAUCAAGGAGGAACCCCAAACGGUCCCCAAUCUGGGGGUGACUCCUCCGCUCUCCCCCAUCGACAUGGAAGACCAGGAGAGGAUCAAGCUGGAGAGGAAGAGACUACGUAACAGGAUAGCAGCUAGCAAGUGCCGACGACGCAAACUCGAACGUAUAGCCAAGCUCGAGGACAAAGUGAAAGAACUGAAGAUACAGAACAACGAGUUGGGUGCCGUGGCCAACACCCUGCGCGAUCACAUCUGCUCGCUCAAGCAGCAAGUCAUGGACCACGUCAAGAACGGCUGUCAAAUCAUGGUCACUUCGGCCUACGACAUGGGCACCGGAAGAAAGAACGUCUGCGGACUCUAGACGAGCAUGUGGUUUAGUUUAGUGGCGAAAAAACCUUGAAACAGUUUACCACGUGGGCGUCAAGGUCCCCCGUCCUCCCUUGUGUCCUACCGACAGCUGCGUGCGCCAGCGCGCGCGCGUGUUGUGUAUGUGUGUGUGUGGGGCUCACGCCGGCCGCCAUGACGACCAGCGUUAUGAUGCACACACCGACCUAUCUAUGCAAAUCAUGUGAUCGAAUAAGGAGGGGAGCACACAUCGAACACUUCUUUUUUUGUUUUUUACUUCUUCCUCAAGACCCAAGUGCUCUUAUAAACAAGCAAUACAGGGGGGGAGGGCUAAUUUAUAUAGAUUUUUAGGAGCCAGAAAGUGGCCUUCCCACGAAGACACGAUGGAACUUGCUUGUAAACAAUGCCAAAUAUGCUAAAACACCAGGAAUUUUUUUCUUUUUGGGAUAUUCCAUAAUUUGCUCACUUUAGGAGGUGUUUUUUUUUAUAUA